AUUCUGCAAACAAAUUCCGUUUAACUUAUUUUUGUAUUCUGAGUUAAUUAAUUGAAUAGUAUAAACAAAAUUAUUUUUACUAGGGAUCAUUUUUAUUUCGUAUGUUGAGCCGAGGAUCUUCCGGAAACCGCUUCUCUGUCCCUGGGUUGCGUACACUCUACACUCCCAAAACCCACUAGUGUUAUUCUACUGGGUUGUUGUUGUUGCUGUGGGGAUCAUUUUUAUGCUAUAUUUUUCUCGUCCGUUGCUUUAUUAUGGGCUACUGUUUUAUGUCCAAUGUUGCUUUGCCUCUAUGAUAUUCAAGCUUGAGUAAUUUUCUUUGCUAGUUGAAGCAGAUGAAAUUGUGAAUAGUGUUGUCAUUGGAUUCUAAAUAGUUAAAAGUGCAAUGUAUAUGUAUUACAAUUUGAAGGGCAGUUGAUGUGGUGCUUCAAAUUUUUAUAUGCAUGCCUUGAGAUUAGACAUUAGGCCCCUUCCACUUUUACAGAAAUUAAGCCAUCAAAUAUCCCUUUGUUUGUGCCAGAUGCAAAAUUUGAAAAAGCAAAAAGGUUUGGAAGCCCAUUUUGGCCAGAUGAAGCCCAAUUCGGAGAGCCGCAUACCAGAAUAACCUAAUGGAACUUGUUUUUUUCUUUCUGAUAACCGAGAAAUAUGUCUGGGGCAACCCUUAGGACCCUCUAUCCUUCUCCGCUUAAACACCAAGCUUAGUUCACAUGGCACAGGGCUCGAACCUGUAACCUAAGUCACUAGUCCCUCGACCCUUUUCCACUUGAACUAAGCCUGAGGUUUGCAAUAUUAUAAAAACCGAGAACUGAAAAACCUAACAAAACUUUCCAAAAAUCAAACCGAAUUGACGGAUGCCCAGUCCUACUGCUAAUGGGCUUUAGGACAACAUGAAAUAGGCUGAAAUUAUGGGCUCAGAGAUGGAAAUAGUUGAUCAGAGGCUAAAAGCUUUUGUAGUGACGCUCCAGACAGAGUUUGCCAUUCUUGAUCGACUCGUUUACAAAAACAAGAACCAGCAUAGAAGAUGCUCUUAUUUUCAGUACCUCUUAAAGGUGAGAACAGAUUUGAGGCUCCUCCAAGCAGCUAAUUUGGAGGAGGUUUUGAGUGCUUCCUUUCAAGUUCUUUAUGGAAAAAGACCCAAGCAAAAAGUGCAGCUCUUAGAAAGCCUAAAGAGGAGAAGAUGUGAUGGUGGCAAACAUAACUUUCUGGAGCGGCUUCUAGGGGUUGCACACCUGUUGUCAGAGAUCGUUGAGCCAAUGUUAAGGGCCGCUACGGAGAUCUCGACACUUCUUGCACGAUCAUUUUUUAUGGGAUUUUCCUUGACAGUAUUGGCUUUGCUCGCCCGAAUAAGAGUUCUAGUUCAGCAAAUGCUUCUUGAUGUUGUUUGUGUAUUCAACAGUGUCUCCUCUUUAUCUCAGAGGGAACAAGCCAUAAAAUUGACGCAAGAUGGAUUUGAGGUUUUUAGAGAAUACUUUCCGCCAAAGCAGGAUGUGGUAUUCCUCGAAUGUCUUUGGAAAUCUGAUAAGUAUGUGUUAGUUGAGAGACAAAAUGAGAGAGAUGUGGGAAGCAAGGAAAAGGAGGUUGGAGAAGAUGUUUCUGUAGAAGCAUCUAAAAUUCAGUAUGAAAGCAUUGAGAUUUUCCUAGGAGACGAGGAACCUGGAAAGACAGCCUCUAAAGAUUUGGCUGAGGAUGAUGAAGCUGUUAUCGACAAAGAUACAGCAAAUUCCCCGGAGAAUCCUAAAGAUUUGGCGGAAUAUGUUCAAGCUGUAAUGGACAAAGAUAAAGCAACUUCUUUGCAGGAUCCUAUCCAAGAGGGUAAGGAUGAAUUUCGAGCUCAAGGUGAUUUAGCUAUUGCAGGACCUUCAGGCAAUAAUUUUAAUGCUCCUGAAGCUGGAGCACUCCCAAGUUCAUCACUCAUCAAGAAUCCGGCAAAAGCCAAACCUGGAUCAAAGAAUAAUGUUGCAUUUGUUUCAGUUAAAAGACCAGCUGUGUCAACAAAGAGUGAGUUGGAGUUUGGCAUUCAUGGAAUGCAAAAGGGUGAUAAUCCUAGUCCUAGUGUAGAUAAAGAAGAUCCAUUUUUCAGUUUACUUACUGCUGGAAAUAUGAAGAGCAGUCUAUUCUAAACUUCACCUAAGUUUUGUUUUCCCUUGUUUUUCUUCCUCUUCACUAUGUUGCGGGGCACCUUCGGGGUACAUAUUUAUGUUAAAAUUUCCUGUAUUUGGACAAGUCAUCCAAAUUGAUUUUUGAAUUUUAAGAGUUGGUGCUCAA